UCGAUCCAUCUUCACCAGCAGCUAAACACUACAGACAGGUCUGUAAUUUGCAGUAGCCACCUCAGCUAAAGCGGCGGCCAUGGCGACGGCGGCGAGGAAGGUGGCGCUGGUGGCGGCGGUGCUGUCCAUGGCCGCAGCCAUGGCUACAGCCCAAGAGGCGUCCAACGUGCGUGCCACGUAUCACUACUACCGGCCAGCGGAGAACAACUGGGACCUGGGGGCCCCAGCUGUCAGCGCUUACUGUGCCACGUGGGAUGCCGACAAGCCGCUAGAGUGGCGUCAGAAGUACGGCUGGACCGCCUUCUGUGGGCCCGUUGGCCCCACCGGGCAGGAUGCCUGUGGCAGGUGCCUCCUGAUCACGAACACGGCGACGGGGGAUCAGAUCACGGCGAGGAUCGUGGACCAGUGCGCCAACGGCGGCCUGGACCUGGACUGGGACACCGUCUUCUCCCAGAUCGACACCGACGGCCAGGGCUACCAGAACGGCCACCUCAUCGUCGACUACCAGUUCGUCGACUGCGGCGACAACUAGCUAUACACUAAUUAAUACCAAUUAUUAAUAAUUGCAUCGUGUAAUUAUAAACAUUCCUAUGUAUGCAAUAAAGUGGCUGGCUGGUGGAUGAUAUAAUUUUGAUGUUUCGAAUACAAAAUGGAAGAAUUAAUGGGUUUGGCAA